GCAUAUCAUAUACGAACAACAGUACCAGCGUAACCACUGACACAUGAGAAAAACUGUCGUGAAUUCCAGUGAAUUUGAAUUGAAUGCACCACAAAUAUGGCACUUGCAACCAGAUCCAAUUCGGCUGCUCUUCACACAAGCAAUAACCAGAAAACAGUCCUCAGUGAAAACCCAGAAGCAGUUGGUAAGGGUAUGGUGACUAAGGCAGCUUUCACCAGGUCUGCCCUGGGAGACAUUGCCAACAAAGUCAACAACCAGACCACUGAACAGGGGAAGAGGACUAUCCUGAAGAAAGAUGGAACCAUUGUCACAAAACAUCGGCCUAUUGGGAAGUCCAAAGCCACAACAUCUCUGCUAAAGGCAGCUGACCAGGACAUAAAAAGCUUACCAGUACAGGAUGCACAGGAACUUCCCGACCAGAUUGCCGCCUUCUCCAGAACGAUGGGUGCCAUCACAGUGGAGGAUGUGGAGCCAGAACCUGUCAUCCCAGCACCUAUGGAUAUAAGCGAAGACAAAGCGGAAGCCUUCUCCAGAAAUCUGCGCAAUGUAGAAGAUAUAGAUGCCAAUGACAGAGAUAACCCCCAGCUUGUUAGUGAAUACGUGAAUGAGAUUUACGAUUACAUGAGAUCUUUAGAGCGGAGAUUCAGCGUAAAAGAGGACUACUUGAACGGGCGUGAAAUUUCUGGUAAAAUGCGGGCUAUUUUAAUAGACUGGCUGUGUCAGGUGCACCACAGAUUUCAUCUGCUCCAGGAGACCUUGUAUCUAACAGUAUCAAUCAUAGACCGUUUUUUACAGGUGUAUACAGUAAACCGCCGGAGAUUGCAAUUAGUUGGUGUGACUGCCAUGUUGAUAGCUUCCAAAUACGAGGAAAUGUUCGCCCCACAAGUAGCAGACUUUGUGUACAUAACAGACAAUGCCUACAGGGAAGCUGAAAUCCGUUCUAUGGAAGCACUUAUCCUGAAAACAUUAGACUUUUCUUUUGGCAAACCUUUGUGUCUGCAUUUUCUCAGAAGGAACUCCAAAGCAGGACAGGUGGAUGCUAUGAAGCACACAUUAGCCAAGUACCUGAUGGAGCUGACCAUUAUAGACUAUGACAUGGUCUCUAACCACCCCUCCGAAAUUGCUGCCGCCGCCCUCUGUAUGUCCAUACGCCUCAUCGACGGAUCAGAAUGGACGGACACCCUGGUACACUACAGUGGUUACACGGAGGAUGAAGUGCUGCCAGUCAUGAAGAAAAUAGCCGGUUUAGUGGUCAAAUCCGAAAGCAGUAGAUUGUCGGCGGUCAAGACAAAAUACCAAAGUUCCAAAUUCAUGAAGAUCAGCACAAUCGCAGAAUUGCAGUCUAACUGGUUGAAGGAAUUGGCGGCAGAGGAAUAAUCCUAGGGACCUCAACCACUAGGUCAAUUACUUACUGUGAUUUGUCGCGUGUGCAAGAGGAUCAAAUUGUGUGGAUGUGAAAUCUAUGUGUGCAAGACAGACCCCAAACUAUAGGAUGAUUGUGAAGGUACAAGAAAUGUGUGAAUCGGAUGUUCUCAUUGAUAUAUUACUGGACCAGUUCUUCUCCACGGCAGCCAAUAGGGUCACUGGGCUGGCUGAUUGGCAGGUCUUCCAGAGUAAGGGGCAGUGGACGUUGCCUUGUUUUUAAUAGUGAUCAGAUCAUGUGAUUCGUCGGAACUCCAUUAAGGGGGGCAAAAUCAUGGUGUCCGAUUUUGGUUACGUUUCAGUUUUGAGUUUUUGGCUUAAAAACCCUUUUUAAUUUAUUCCAAAUGUGAAUCAGGAAGUGAAUUUUCAAAAGCAACCGAGUUUGAUUUUAAUGCGAAGUUUCACGUGAAUUUGUCAGAUUCAUCGAAACCCAUCGGAUCAUGUUCCAGCUUUACAUUAAGGCAAGC